AGUCAAACGCCAUCGGGACGACAGGAACAACAAUAUACAGCUCUAGGGCAAUCUGAAAUGUCGAAACAUGUCCAUGCUAAACCAUUUCAACCUCCAACUAGUGGCCCUUCCGGAAGUGCUACCCACCAGAUUGCCCCCAACGUUCGCCAGGUACCAACAGUGUCAGGACAAAGUAAUGUAACACCUGCUUAUCACGUGAACAAUGCCGUGUUGUCCAUGCAGGCCACUGGUGCUACAGCAUUGCAAGGCAGCGUAUCGUCUAGCGAUCACACUGGGACAUCGCCGAUUGUAACACCAGCUCAUGCAUUACCCGUUUCCCGCUUGAGUUUCCACCAAUUCCCAGGUGCUGUGGGUUCGUUUCCACGUCAAGUUCAAGUUCCUGUGCAGCAAUUAACACCAACCAACUACCCUGCUGGGCUCACCUACAGAACCACUGGCCCCAGCUACCCCACCACCACGAGUGUUGCCAACCAACCUGGCGUACUUGUACAUAAACCAGCAUCCAUGAUGAGACAAUUAGUGACAGCUGGUCGCGGCGCACCAGUUCCUCACCGAAUGCCAGAACCAAUACAAAGACCCAACAAAGUCGGGUACCAUCUAAGUACCCUAAAAGAAAAGCAGUUGAAUCCGCAACCACGAUUAAAAACUGUUCAUCCGAUGCCAAGUCGAAGGGCUUUUAAUCCGGUCGGUGCUACCCAACCCCAAAUGGCAGCGUACCAGUUUCAGGCCUUACCCAGACCUCAGCAAGAUGUUAAGCAACGUGCAACAAUUCUUCGCCGAAGAUAAAGAAAUCGAGCAUCAAAGAAAACAAAAACAAGCGAACCAAAAACGAGAACCGGUCGCUACCACAACAGCUAACAGCAGUGGCGACAAGCAGAAGAAACGAAGACAGCAGAUACCGGACAGAAGAAGCGUCCGCACUGCGCAAAUUCCCCCUCAAAACAGAGCAAAGCCAAGCGGCCCAAAACAAGAGCUUAUUCAGCAGCAAAUGGUAGGAGUCACUCCUCCCAAGAACGAGACAGAGAAAGUCCAGCCACGUUUGGAUCUAAAAACAGUGGCG